GCAAGCACUUUUACUAGAAAACGAAAGUCCUCGCAACGAUUAUGAUAUUGUGCUCUCAUCCAUAAUUCAUAUAAGUAAUACCGGUACAAUUAUAACAUAUUCCUCCAUAAGUUUCACAACGCAAUGAAGCCUAUAUGUGCAGUGAACUUGAAUAAUUGGUCAUUAUCGAAACAUUCGUACAUCGCAGUACACAGAGAGGUGAAAUAAGCAAACAAAACAGACACCAAAACAGUGCGGUGUUAUAGCGGGCAGAGCAAACACGAGCCGAGGCACCGUUAGGCCGGCGAUAUAAGCGCAUGCGGCGCGCUCGGCGGCGUACACUCACUGCAGACAUGAGGGGGUCCACGCUAGCGCUCCUGUGCGCCCUGAGCGUCGCUCGCGCCCUGCCCACCGCCCUGCCCGGGGACGCCGUGCAGAAGAAGCUCACCGAGGUCGCCAACGAGGUGCUGAGCCAGCAGCAGCCAAUAGACAACACGCACAGCGAGCAGGAGCUCGUCGAGCAGGUCAACUCCGUCACCGACAUCGACAACUCUCUGCGCGUCAACAAAUUGGAGGCCAUCCCCGUCAAGGUCGUCACCGAGGACGCCAAGCCCGCCGUCAAGGACUUCGGCAUUGAAAAGGGCAGCAACGAUGACGUGCCGAAAGAGGAGAGCGCAGUGAAGAGGCAGGAGGUGGAUUUAAGCAACCCUGGUGAGCCUCAGAGGCAGGAGCACGACUCGCAGUCGCCGCAGGACGCCACGCUGGAGCAGCAGGCCGUGGCCGCCUUCAAGCAGGGCAUCGCCGACACGCAGGCGGCGCUCAGCAGCGGGCUGGCCGGCGUGCGGGCCAAGAUCCACGGCUACGUGACCGCGGGCGAGUCCGGCGCCUCCGUGGAGCAGAGCAUCGCGCAGCUCCGGGACAGCUUCAACAAGCAGAUCGAGGACCUCAACGAGACGCUGCUGGGGUACCUGGUGGCCGCGCAGCCCAGCGAGCAGGAGGCGCCGGCCCCCGCCGCCGCUCCCAGCAGUGAGGGCGUCAAGAGCAUCGACGAUAUUGAGGAGGAGCCGGCGCAGAGCAAGGGGCUGCUGUUCAACCGUGGCUCCGUGCGUCAGGAGGCGACGGCCGUGGCGCCAGCCCCCGCGCCCGCGCCCGGCAACACGGACGCGCCGUCAACUGGCAGCGGGCCCUGGGCCAGCGUAGUCGAGGCCUACCAGAACAUGGUCACCAACGUGCAGCAGAACAUGGCCAACUUCCAGACCUCGUGGCAAAACUUCGUGAGCCAGAACGGCGGCGGCAACAACACGGCGGCUGGGCCCGGCAGCAUUAUCCAGAGCGUCGGUUCUGGUGGCCAGACGCUCAUCGGAGAGCAGAACAUAGUUGUUCCCGGAGUCAACGACGAGACGGCGACACAGAGCACCAACUUAUGGGCGAACCUGCAGCAGUCCGUCACUGGGUUCUUCCGCCCGGGGCAGGCGGCCGGCGCGCCGCAGGCCGCCCAGGCCGACACUCCAGCCGCUUCAGGACCCUUCGCCGGGAUCCAGAACCUGCCCAUCUACCAGAACGUGGUUGGCUUCUUCAACCGUCCUCCCGCGAGUAACACGCAAGCCCAGCCGGCUGCCCCAGUAGUCGCCCCGGCAGCUACUGACUCAGCCGCCGCGUCCAACGAAGCCCCAGCUUCAGAGGUCAAGCCUGAGGCUGCGCAGAAACAGAAGCCAGCGACGGUGGCUCCGGGGCCGCUGCAGCAGAUCGUGCAGCGCCUGCCGCUGGUGUCGGGCGUGGCGCAGCGCCUGCAGACCAUGUCCAACCCGGAGAAGCCGCGCGACGCCGAGCGAGGGCACCUGCAUCUCGGCGGACACGGCGGCCACGGCGGAUCAGGGGAUAAUAACAACGGCGACAGCAGCCGGUUAGAGCCCGCCAAAAGCGAGCCAGCCAAAGAGGUCAAACCCAUCGAAGAACCUCAGAAGGAGGUCCCAGCGAUGAUGGUGGAAGAGAAGAAGGAGGAAAGCACAGUUGCUGCUAAGACUGAAUAAGUCGUAAGGUGAUAAUUUAAGAAUAAGACUAAGUAUUUAUUUUAUUAAUUGUAAAUAUAAAUAAAACAAGAAAAUCACAAUAAAAAUUACAAAAUAUUUCA